AUGAAGGGGGAACCCGCUCCAGAGUGGGGUUGUUGCCACAAGGCUAAGCCCCUGGGGAGCACAGGAGGCUCCCUGUCCCCCAACUCGGACUUCCAGCUCUGCCAAGGCGAUCAGGUCUUCCCAGCCUUCAGGUCACUUCCAGACACAGUGGAUGCCCAUGGCCCAUCCUGUGCCAGCUGGCUGUGCCCCUUGCCGCUGGCACUAACCAGGUCUUCCCUGCUGGCCUGCCCUCAGGGCCUGGACGUAUACCUGUGCACCCUCAAGUUGGCACCGGGCACAGCCCCGCAGUGUCUCAGAGAGGAUGCCUUGAGCACAAGGCACCAGCCACCAAGGCGGUCUGCCGGCUCCUCCAAUGGCGAGAAACUCACAGCCAAGUACCCUCUGAGCAGGGACAAGAUGGGAAGCCAGCUGGAAAGAGCUGGCGAGGGGUCCCCCGGCCCAUCCUUCUCUCCUCACAACAGCUCUGCCCCAAACCCUUGGCAAGAUAAAAAGAGCCCCAACCCCUUGGCUUUCUACUCCUGGCCCCCACCCACCCGCAUUUCCAAAGAACUCCCAUCCCACCUCCGCCCAUUCUAUCCUGCAUACCCACUUCUCCUGCCCUCACCUUACCUGGUCACCUGUGGGGGCCUACCUUCUGUACAGUGUCCCCCUGUCUUCAUGCUGCCCCAGAACACCUCCUACACCACCAUGGCUGUGCUCAGCUUGCUGAUGAAUGUCUAUGAGGCCGGGCACUCCAGCACCCAGGGGGAGACCCUGCGUCCCUACCCAGGGGCCUCUCAAGCCUCUGGCCAAACCCUACCCUCCCAGGCCUGGAAUCCAGGCUCUGCAGCUGCCAGGACCGACUCCACAGGGCUGGAGCGUGCUGGCUGGGCGGUUCCAGCAAAGUCGGCCCCACCGGGCUCCCAGGCAGGCUCUUCGGCGCUGCCUUAUCCGCUGAAGAAAGAGAAUGGCAAAAUCCUGUACGAGUGCAACGUGUGCAGCAAGAGCUUUGGGCAGCUCUCCAACCUCAAGGUCCAUCUGCGUGUGCACAGCGGGGAGCGCCCGUUCCAGUGUGCCCUGUGCCAGAAGAGCUUCACCCAGCUCGCCCACCUGCAGAAGCACCACCUGGUGCAUACUGGGGAGCGGCCCCACAAGUGCCCGAUGUGCCACAAACGCUUCAGCAGCUCCAGCAACCUCAAGACCCACCUGCGCCUGCACUCAGGGGCCCGGCCCUUCCAGUGCAGUGUCUGCCCAAGUCGCUUCACCCAGCGCGUUCACCUGAAGCUGCACCAUCGGCUGCAUGCACCACGGCCCUGCAGCCUUGCUCACACCCACCUGCCCCUGGCGUCUCUUGCCUGCCUUGCCCGAUGGCACCAGGGGGCACUAGAUCUUGUGGUGGCCCCAUCAGAGAGGCAGAUAGACUGGGACGUGGACAAGGUCAAGGUGUCCUCAGUGCCGGGGAAAGCAAGGCCAGCCAGCCUGAGCAGUGGUGCCAGGACUGCCCUGGGGAGGGGGCAGGGGCAGAGCAAUUAA